CCUUCCCGCGCGCCGUCAUGGCCGCGCUCGCGCCGCCUUCCGCCGUCGCCGCGACGCGGACGCCGUCGUCGUCGCGACGCCGUCGAACGUCGCGUCUUCGCGCGUCGUCGUCGUCCUCGGAGGAGCGCGUCGUCCUCGAGAUGCCCGCCGAUAGCGAUCGCCGUCGCCGAUCGAUCGCGGCGUCCUCCUCGCCCUCUCGUCGCGACUUCCUCCUCGCGUCCGCGCCCGCCGCGGCGUCGCUGCUGCUCCCCGCGCGCCCCGCGCGCGCGGACGACCUCUUCUGCGGGUACUACGCGGAGAACCAGUCCGUGACGCCGCAGUGGGCGUUCAAGACGCCGUGGAGCGAGGGCUUCGUCGACGUCUCCAACGCGACGAAGAUCCCGGACGCGAAGACGUUCCUUCGCGUGCUCGGCUCGCAAGCCGUCGCGUCCGAGGCGAAUCACCUCCCCGUGCUCUGCCUCCACGGCGGCCCGGGGCUGGGGUUUAAGUACAUGGAAGCGUGCGAGGUGUUAGCCAGCGAGCGGAGGGAGGUGGCGUCGUACGAUCAGAUCGGCUGCGCGAGGUCGGCGCUCAAGCCUCGGCUCUCGGACGGCGCCGUUCGCGCGCCGCCGCCGCCUGGGACGUUCACCCCGGAACUCUUCGACGCGGAGCUGACCGCGAUCAGAGAGGCCGCGGGGUUGGAUAGGGUGCACAUCGUCGCGCACGGGUGGGGCGCGAUGCUGGCGCUGGACCACGCGCUCGGACCGGGCGGCGGCGGCAAAGGCGUCGCGAGCGUGACGUUGAUAUCGGCCCCGCCGUCGUAUAAACGGCUGAUCGAGGACCGCGUCGCGUCGCUGUCCGCGCCCGGGUUUCGACAGGACUACGCGGAGGUUCUGAUGGAAGGCGACGCGGGCGCGGGGGGCGGGUCCGCGCUGAGCGACGCGGGGAGGGCGUUGUACGACAAGGCGAUGGCGGCGUGGAUCGACGCGAGGGUCAGCGCGCGAGCGGCGGGGGCGUGUUACGAGGGGCUGCGCGUCGGCGGCGCCGGCGAGGGGUUCGGGGCGUUGCGUAACACCCCGGCGUCGGACGUUGGCGUGCGGUCGUCUUCCGCGGUGUGGAAGGACAUGGCCGGGGGGAAGAUGUUCGCCGUCGACGGCGCGCUGAGCGACUGGGACGCGGACGCCAACGGGAGGUUGGCGUCGGCGGCGGAGUCGGGGGUGCGCGCGGUGAAGGUGUACCGCGGCGAGAACGACGCGCUGUCGCGCGACGCGGCGAUGGAGGUCGUGGACGGACUCGCGCGAGGGGUCAUGGACAAGUCGGGGGUGGCGUUCGAGGAGGUGGAGGGCGCGGGGUCGUGCGUGCACUUGGACAGGAGCGCGUUUUUUCUCGACGGCGUCAACGCGUUCAUCUCCGCGCACGACGCGUGACGACGUAUCAUAUUAGGUUCGAUUAUAUUAUAUUAGGUUCGAU